AAUCUGCUAUUGAACUAAACAAAGUGUUAGGUAUUGAAUGUCAAAGUUAUGAAGUAUUUGUUAGUAAAUCAAAACAUUACAUUGUCAACAGAGGCGUUAUUUACCUAUAGUAAAUAGGUAAAAUUUGAUUUAAUUUGUGAUUGUAAAGGGGAUAAAUAAUACAGUGAAUUAGUUAGGAUUAUAUAAUAGUGACUAAUUCAAAUUUUCAAAUAAAUGUAAAAAAAGAAAAAAGAAAAGGAUAAUCUGUGUACAUGUUAGACAUAAAUAUUUACAAAUUCGUCACUCGAUCCAGUAAAUAGAAACAGUCCUGAAAUCAGAGACGGCAAUGACAUUGUCACGUUAUAUAAUAAUGUAUGGUACCAGGAAUUAAAAGGUAGUUAAAUUCGCUGUGGUGUCUAUGUCGUAGUUGGACUUCUCAGAUUCAUUUUGAAGAACAUACUCGUGCGAACUACAAGGACUUUGACUGGGUGUGCAGACCUGAAUUCCCUUAUGACGUUAUCAUGGGGUGCUCCGCUAGUAAGACUUACCGUGGCGGUAACUCCCUACGAAUCGUCAUGGUGGGCCUAGAUGGCAGUGGUAAAACCACGUUAAUGUACAGACUAGUGACAGGAGAAGUAACGGAGGCAACACCUACGUUAGGAUUUAAUGUAGAGACAAUAACAUACAAAGAUAAUGAAUUCACAAUCUGGGAUAUGGGAGGUCAGGAGAACAUCAGAAGAUUGUGGAGGCAUUAUUUUCUAAGAAUUAGAGGUAUCCUAUUUGUAAUUGACAGUGCAGACAAGGACAGGAUAGACGAGGCACAAGAAUUACUGGAUGAACUUUUGCAACACAAUGAACUUUUAGGGACACCAAUUGUCGUUGUGGCUAACAAACAAGACUUAGAUGGUGCAAUGAAGGAAAAGGACAUUGUCGAACUUUUAGAGCUUAAACACAUCUCUGGACGUCUAUGUACUAUACAGGGAACGAGUGCAAUAACAGGAGCUGGUAUCCACAAAGCAUUAGACAAUAUCCUUAGAUUCAGACAUCAUAUGGAGAGUGCUCGAGGAUAGAGUUUGUACUGAUCAAUGAGUUCAUGCUGAUUAUCAAGUAUCCUAUAAUUUCCAGAACAAUGCAAUGGAAAUAUAAAUCGUGACAUCUUAAAGAUGAAAUGUAUGUUUGACCUGACAAUCAUGUUAUAAGGAA